AUGGUUGGAAGAUGGGCUCUUUUCUUCGUCAUAGCACAAACUGUGAAAGAAAUUCGUAGUCAAAAUGAGAUGCAGUGCUAUAGAGGCACUGGAAAUCAGAGAACCAAGGAAGAAGUUUUCGGGGUGAAUUACUGUGGUAUACGUCAGAUCUAUAACUUUAGUGAAUGCACUUCCUCAUCUGCGAUAGAAUUUACAUCCGGGAAUAUGCAAGAUCCAUUGGAUUUAUGUGAUGUGGUCGAAUACUCAUCCAUUUACAUCUCUACUUGUUUUUGUGUCACACCUCUGUGCAACACAAAAGCGCACAUGCAGAAUCUUAUUGAGAACUGGAGGACUACAGAAACACAGCGUGAAAGAUUGCCACGCGAUCCAGGCGGCCUACAAGGCGAGGUUAUCACUAAUCAAACGUUGAGGACAGAAGUUCUGGACUGCCUUGCGCAGAACGUUGCGUUGCUUGACAACUCGGACGGCGAAGGUGGUGGUAACAGUGAAAGUAGUAACUCAAGCUUUCUUACGAUCUUCAUUAUAAUCAUUAUUGUCAUCCUAGUAUUAUGCUGCCUUGGUUUGCCCAUCGCAUACAAUAUCAGGGAGAAAAAGCGAAAGGAAUAUCUAGCUCAGACUUGGGAUCAACGUGUGAAGGAGGCCGGUGAACAAGCUUCGAAGACUUCAUCUUCAGGUUCUGCUGUCAAAAAAUGA